AUGGAACCCAAACUCGUUGUUGUAGCACUCCUCUAUGCCUUUUCCCGGCUCUGCUACUCCCAAGGCUUGCCCACUGUCGACCUAGGUUACGAGAUACAUCAAGCUAUCAGCUUGGAUGCGACCGGCCAAUUCUACAACUUCAGCAACAUCCGCUUCGCCCAACCUCCAGUUGGCGAUCUUCGCUGGGCCGCUCCAGAACCCCCUACCGGACGAAACCCGGUCGUCCAGAACGGCAGUAUUGGUCGGAUCUGUCCACAAGCCAACCCAACCUGGCUCACACUGGGUUUCGCCAACUUACCCAACGUCGUGGCUGGCAACGCGUCAGACUUCAACGUUUCCCUUGCAGAACAACAGCUUCAGGCCACUCCUCCCGGCGCAGUUCCAUUUGACAGCUUCCGCAAUGGCAAAUUGCCGCCGCAGGAUCCACGGACGACCGAAGACUGUCUCUUCUUGGACGUCGUGGUUUCCAAAUCUAUUUUCGACAAGGUCAACAACGGCACGCUGAAGCCGGGACAACAGCGUGGGGCCCCUGUCAUGGCGUGGAUCUACGGUGGCGGCUAUACGAUCGGUGAGAAGUCAUCGGGGAACGACGUCCACGGCAUGAUGAAGACGGCGAGUCAGAUGGACGGCCUGGUCUUUGUAGCCAUGAACUAUCGGCUCGGGGCCUUGGGGUUUUUGUCCGGACCGACCCUGCAAGCCGCUGGUGGUGUGUCCAAUGCUGGCCUCCUCGAUCAACGUCUCGCGCUGGAAUGGAUCCAGAAGUACAUUCACCUCUUUGGAGGCGACCCGGACCGUGUGACCAUUACUGGAGAAUCUGCUGGAGGUGGUUCGAUCGAGUUCCAAAUCACUGCGUACGGUGGACUCAAACCGGCGCCGUUCCAACGCGCUAUGCCGCAGUCCCCGGGCUUCAUACCUUCAACGUCAACAUUCCUUCAAGAGAACACCACACAGACGUUUCUGAAGAUGAUCAACGCGAGCUCCAUCGCCGAGGCGCGAAAAGUGCCCUCGGACGUGCUGAUCAAGGCCAACGCGAUGCAGAUCGCCACGUCGAACUGGGGUACGUUCACAUACGGGCCCGUGGUGGACGGGACCUUCGCGCCGGCGCUGCCGGGACUGCUGCUGAACGCGGGCUCGUCGGCGCCGAACAUCAGCGUGUUCAACUCGCACUGCGGCAACGAGGGCGCGCUGUUCACGCCCCCGUACCUCAAGACCGAGGAGGACGUCGACGCCUGGUUUCAGAUUAGCUACCCCGAGGCAGUCGACGAGGUGCGCGAGUACGUGCUGACCACGCUGUACCCGCCCGUGUACGAUGACGCAACCAACGAGGCACACCCGUACACGUCGCUGCUGGAGCGCGUGUACCUCAUGAUCAGCGAGUCGGCCUUUCUCUGCAACAUUGACUACACGAACCGGGCGUACGGGCAGAGCACCAGCAACAGCAGUAGUAAGAGCUACACGUACGCGUUUGAAAUCGGCCCGUCCUUCCACGGCUGCGACGCCGGCUACAACUUCUACACGGGCCAACCGACCAACGCCACCACGGGCAUGUUCGCUACCUACGCCCAGCAACUGCAGGACUACCAGCUGCGGUUCAUCACGACGGGCGACCCCAACGGGCCAGGCCUCCCUGUCUGGCCUGCCGAGCGGGCUGGGAAAGCCAGUGCGAACCUCCUCACCCCCAAGGGGUGGAGCACCGUACCAGACCCGACCAGGAACCACAGGUGUGCGUGGUGGCAGAAGGGGUUGGCGAGUUGA